UGUUGCUGCUUUUAUUGCCGUCGGUUGUUAGGGGCGCGACUUUGGCAACAUUAUGGAAAAUCAGUUUGUGUUUGGAUCGCGAUGCGAGGAGCUCGUUCAGCGCUGCGCAGUACUAACUGAAAGCGUUUCGGCCAACUUGGUUCUUUGUCAGUUUGCAAUCGCGUUCAUACAAUGAAAUAAACUACAUUUGGUGCAGCUGGAAGAAAACCCACAAAAGGAUUAAGUGCGUGUUUGUAAAACAUAAACUACGGCGAAGCAAAUAGUUCAAAGUUUCAAAAUCAUGAGUCAUGUGAAACAGGAAUAGCAAUUUAAAGAAAGUAUAUAUACUUUAUAUACUGAGCAGCUCAGUAGUGAUUGCUUUUUUUUAACAUUUGACUUUAGCAGCCUUUUUAAGUGUAUCUAAAAAACAGUUUUUCAAAAAAGUGUUAAUAUUGGUUUUGUAUCGAAUGUUGGGGAAAUGUUUUCCAGUUAACACCUUUAAUGCACUACUUUCCUUUUCAACUUAUUUGAGCUACCCACUUGCAGUCAUUACCGGAAUCCAUAUAUUGUCCCCAAUUAAAUCUCCCUUGUGCUGAUUUAUAGUUUACGAGCUUAUGCGAAUGAAAAGCCCCUGGGGAAAACAAGUUCACAGUCUGCGGCCCAGGCGAAUAUUGGAAAAUGUAACCGUUUUUACACAGCGCUAGACAAAGGAAAAGUUGCACAUAAAUUCAAUUUGCGAACGUUUAUGGCACAUCGCUGAUAAACGCAAAGUUAUUGCUAAACUGAAAAAUACGUUUCGGCCAAACAAGAGCAUUACAAAUGGAGUAUGGAAAGUGCUAAAGAACAUCCAGUGAAGUGACUGCGUUGAAUCUUGUUUUCAUGAUUUGUGUGGAAGUGUUAUGUGGCUCUGAAAAGCUGAUAUACUAUCAACUAACUUAAUUGCUGAUCCUGUAUGACAUCGCUGUACAAAAUGCGGAUAAACCACCAAUGGAUAUAUUGUGCGAUCUGGGCUCUCUGCUGUUUUAAUAAAGCUACUCUGGGAGCCAUUCUGGACUCUCGUUGCUAUCUGGAGGGCGGAGGUUCCGCGGAAAGUUUUCUCGCCACCGAGGAUCUGGCGGUAGGCUCCAUAAUCGGCAAGCUGAGGAUCAACGGAGAUGCCAAUCCGGAAACAGGCGACAUCAACCUUUCAUUGAGGGAAAAGAAUGCUCCAGUUGAGAUUCAUCCAGGCACCAAGGAGCUGGCCCUAUCGGUGGAAUUGGACAAGGAGGGUGUUAGAGGUCCUUCGUCCAUCUACGUGAAUGUGAUCUGCAUACGACGGCAUUCAACGGAUCCGAGCUUCGUCAUUCCCGUGAAUGUGCGAGUAACCGAUGUGAAUGACAAUGCUCCCCAGUGGAUCGGAACGCCCUACACUUUAACCCUUUCGGAGGUGACCGUCCCGGGCACAAGAAUCCUGCAGGGAGCCCGUGCCGAGGACGCAGACCAGCCGGGUCCCUUCUCUACGGUGGAGUAUCAGGUGCUGUCAGGUCCGUACUCGGAGUACGUGCAGUUCCUCAAUCCUCUGGAGGGCACGCUGGUGCUAAAGAAAGCUCUCGACUACGAGCAACUGCAGAAUUUCACAGUGAAGUUGAGGGCCCAGGAUCAGGGCACACCGCCGCGUCACUCGGACACGCUGCUGCGGGUGGUCAUCACGGAUGCUGAUGACCAGAACCCAAAGUUCCAGCGGGAGUCCUACAGCGCUGAGAUACCAGCGGAUGGUAGGCCAGGAGAGUUACGCAUGCGGCCGGAGCCAAUGAAGGCGGUGGAUCAGGACGAGGGUAUUUGUGCGCCCAUUCAGUACACGAUAGUCCAGUCGCAGGAUGCCAAGUACUUCCGCAUCCAUCCGCACAAUGGAGCAAUUAGCCUGUUAACACCCAUUGGAUAUGCGGAUGUGGCCAACGGAGCCACAUUGGUGGUAAAGGCCACGCAGAUCGACAAUCCAGAUCGUUAUGCCUUGACCACCGUCCAGUUGACGCGACCUGGCAGUCACAGCGACUUGAGCACUCUGGCCUUUGUCCAGAAGCGAUUCGUAAUGCGCAUUCGCGAGGAUACGGCAGUAGGAAAUCGAAUUCUAGCACUGCCCACCAAUAAGCCCGGCAAACACCUCAAGUACAUCAUUCCCGACCCCGUGAAUUCCCAGUUCUUCAGCGUAGGAUCGCUGGGAGAACUUGUUCUAGCCAAGCCACUCGAUUACGAGAAGAUGACCAAGCACGAGUUCCAAGUCCUGGCCACCGAUGGCAUGACCAACAGCACCGCGGAACUAACACUGGAGGUAAUUGACGUCAAUGACUGGGAACCUCGAUUCCGGGAAACGCACUACGAGUUUAUGGUGCCCAAAAGCCAGUCUCUGCAAUCCCGCGCGGAUUCCUUCGAGGGCGUGCUCAUCGGCAAGGUGGAGGCUGCGGACGGGGAUCGCAAUGACAAACUGGAACUCUCGUUGCGUGGUCAGCACGCCGGACUGUUCGAAAUUGAUUCCAUUGGAAACAUCUACAUGCGACCCGAGCAGCUACAGAGUUUAAACGAGUCCACGGUUCAUCUGAUAGCCAUCGCCACGGACACGGGCGUGCCACCCAGAAGCACUUCCGUUCCGGUGAGUGUCACCAUGGAGGGUCUGACCCUGGCUCGGUCCGGAUGGAACAGCAACAUGUUGGGCAUGUUCGGCAUGAUUGUGGGCCUCUUUCUGAUGAUCAUAGUGGCGCUCAGCUGCUACAUAGUGCGAUCGAAGAAGCAAGGCAAGAGUGCAUCCAGUGGAUUGGGACUCGGUCGGAAUCGGGUGCACAGCCAGGCGCACAGCAGCGUGUCGUCGGCCAAUCUGGUUACCCACGAAAAGCUGGCGGGGAAUGGCAACGGCAACGGCAACGGAGCCAGUGUAACAAGCGGCGGAGUCUCCGUGCUGCACAUGAAGCACGGCGGUAAUAUCACCAUGGCCAAUCCGAUGAACAAUGGCUUGCAUCACGUGGCCAGUGGAGCCAGCAGUAGCAUGGCCCUCGGUAGUUCCGCCGCCUUGUUGGAGCGGGAACGAGAGAGGGAGCGGGACCGGGAGCGCCAGCGGGAGAGCUAUGCGGCCACAGUGCGCAUCUUCUUGCCAGGCAUAGUUUCGCGUGCUUCCGCCAACGGCCAGCUCUUCGAGGAGGAUGAGAUCGAGCACGACUCACUGCAGACGGAGAACAACAACCGGAAAGUGGCUGCCACGGGAGCGGCAAGCGGCGGGGUCACCACCAUCAGCACCACCCCCGCCCAUGCGGGCUCCAAUCUUCUAUCCGCCACCGAUGCCAUGGGCUCCUCGGAGAACAACUUGACGGUCUACUUUUAGAGCGCAGGAGGGGAGCCAGCUACUCCCGGAGAGCUUGUAAAUAUCGCUGCUAAGUCAGUUUAGGAUUAGGUUUAGGCCCCGCACACGUGUAUGUACAUUGAGUAGACCAAAUAUAGCAUUGUAAACAGACUCAGCACCAGAUCUAGACUAAGUCCAAGCGAUUUCCAUUGUAAAGUUUUGCUUCCCAGAUUGUAAGAGGAUCCGUCCAAUAAAGUUUUCGACUAUUCAAGCAUGUUGGCCCCUUCCAUGCAAACAGUUUUCCUUACGAAUCUCGUUGUUUAUAUUCU